AUGCUGGUGAACUGGAAUUUUCUAAUAGUCAAAGAAGAUGACCUGCAGCCAAUGAACCCUCCUAAGUUUGAUAUGAUUGAGGACAUGGCCAUGUUGACCCACCUCAAUGAAGCUUCUGUCCUCUUUAACCUCAGGAGACGAUACAGCAUGUGGAUGAUCUAUACGUAUUCUGGCCUGUUCUGUGUGGCCGUCAACCCCUACAAACAGCUUCCAGUCUACUCCACUGCUGUGAUAACAGGCUACAAAGGGAGGCGCCGUGCAGACAUGCCGCCGCACAUCUACACCAUCGCAGACAACGCCUACACCGACCUGCUACAGAAUCGUGAGAACCAGUCAAUGCUGAUCACGGGGGAGUCGGGGGCGGGUAAAACCGUCAACACCAAGCGGGUGAUCCAGUACUUUGCCAUCAUUGCUGCUUUGGGGGACAAUGUGAAAAAAGCAGGAUCUUUGGAGGAUCAGAUCAUCGAAGCCAAUCCAGCCAUGGAGGCGUUUGGCAACGCCAAAACCAUUCGAAACGACAACUCCUCUCGCUUCGGAAAAUUCAUCAGAAUUCAUUUUGGGCCGACGGGGAAGCUGGCGUCUGCCGACGUCGACAUCUAUCUUCUGGAAAAGUCCAGAGUUGUGUUCCAGCAGCCGGGAGAGAGAAGUUACCACAUCUAUUACCAGAUUUUGUCCAAUCACAAACCAGAACUACAAGACAUGCUGCUGGUCACCACCAACCCCUACGACUACCACUUCUGCUCUCAGGGCGUGACCACCGUGGAGGGCAUCAACGACGGGGAGGAGCUAAACCUCACCGACCGCGCCAUGGACACACUGGGCUUCACUCCUGAGGAGAAGUAUGGCUGCUAUAAACUGGUUGGAGCCAUCAUGCACUUCGGCAACAUGAAGUUCAAGAAGAAACAACGAGAAGAGCAGGCCGAGGCCGACGGCACUGAAAGUGUGAUGUCAUCUGAGGAAGAGCAGGCGAGCAACACCACCGUGCAUUUCAGGAAGAUCCAACAUGAGCUCGACGACGCAGAGGAGAGAGCCGACAUCGCCGAGACGACCGUCAACAAGCUGCGGAUUCGAACCCGCGAACAGACCCGCAGCAAGAUCACGGUGGUCACUGAAUGA